AUGCCCAUCUGCAUUGAGUGCAGGCACCCUGUCAAGACGCUCUGGACGGCAUACUCUGGCGCAGGGGACAAGUCCAGCGGACACAAUAUCCGACUCACCGUGUGUCGCAACUGCGGCCGCUUCUGCGACAAGUACGUCGAGCAUGACUUUGUCGUAUUGUUCAUCGAUCUGGUUCUUAUAAAGCCCCAGGUUUAUCGACACUUGCUAUAUAAUACGUUGAUGCGUGAUGAUGAUCGCUUAGAUCCCUCCAUCAUCCGUCUUGGGAUCCUGCUGCUUCUUUUUGAUGUGUAUUUGACAUGGGCACGGCUGGAGAAGCAGACAAUACCGGAUGCUAUACCAGGAGCGAGUAAUCUGGGCAGACUGGCCCAGCAGCCAAUUGUCUUUCAAUAUAUAUUUUUUCUCAUCUUUUGCGCUCUCUCGACGGCAGCAUUCCAUGUGAGCAUACGCUUCCUCACAUCGUCUGCCUUUUCACCUCUCAACCUCUUGGGCAUUCUCCCACAGUAUACAAGGCCCAACUCAGUGUCCACAGCUCUUCUGGUGUCAUCUUCCACCAAGCUGUUCCCCAUCCUUAUGGUAAUCUGGGACUACGAUGUCCCCGCCUCUGCUCGUUCACUUGGCUGGGCCGUUGUGGCCAACAAUGUGGAGGCUCUGCGCAUCCUCCUCGACUGCAAUUACCUAACAGCAUGCCUACUCGCCAUCGCAGGGGCGGCCUCACGCUGGGUCGUCGGCCGAGCCGUUCUCCUCGGCGCUGGUCUCGCGGACGUUGACUCGAUAGGUGAGAGUGGUGUGGCGGCAGAUGGUAAAGCACUCUGGGCAUUGUUGAUGUAUGCGAAAGAAUGGGCAGGCCGGCUCGCUGUCGGAUGA